AUGGAACAUUAAAUUAGAGUUGAUAGUUAUUUAGAUUUUGAAACAAUGUAUAUUUCUAAUUGAUUUUUAGUUGGGGAGGAUUAUAUUGUGAUUUAAAUGGUGAGAAAAAUGAUGAAUUGAUUGAUUUAUGGGAGAAUUAUGACAGAGAGUAUCAAUUAUCAUUUAUAUAUAUUAAAGUUGGCUUUAAAUUAAGUACAAAGAUAUUUAUAACAAUGGAAUUAAAAACGGAAAAUGGGAUAUUCAUUUUAGAGUAGCUAUCGAUGAAAAAUUCAUUUUGAUGUAAAUUAUACAUUACUAUAUAAAGUGGAGGAGGCCAUUAUAAUGGAAAAAACGGGUUUAAGCAUGGAGAAUGGUUAGACUUGCAGAAGGGACAAUAUUAGAAUGGGGAAUGUUAAGGAAAUUUCUCAAAAUUAAAAUUAGAAUGA